UAUCCUUCACUCCUUGAUAACCAUAGAGAAGUAGUUGGUUGCUAGGGUGGCAGUUUAACUGUCCACCCUACGUCUUCCUUUCUGUCAACCGCUGACGUUGGAUUUCUGUCAAGCCCUUUUUUCUCCCACAGUUUUGUAAAGUGCAGGUUAUUUCCAGCCUUACAAUAUUUGGUUAGGUUCAACUCGAGCUCCGAGAAAACACUGCGUUUUGGUAUAGUCCCAUGGAACGAAGUUUGCAAAGCACCAUGGAUGCACGUUUUACUCGUGGGAAGUCUGCUAUCCUUGAGCGGUCACUCACCCGGCCCAAGACUGAUGUUAGCCUCAGUGCCUUUUCACUAUUGUUUUCUGAGAUUGUACAGUACUGUCAGAACAGGGUAUACUCUGUCUCUGAACUUCAGAACAAACUUUCUGAGCUAGGUCAGCAGGUGGGAGCCCGUAUCCUGGAUGUGCUGGUGAUGCGGGAGAAAAAUGGUAAGAGAGAAACCAAGGUCAUCAACAUUCUGCUUUUCAUCAAAGUGACUGUAUGGAAGGCUCUCUUUGGGAAGGAGGCUGACAAGCUGGAGCAAGCCAACGAUGAUGACAAGACCUACUACAUCAUUGAGAAAGAGCCUCUCAUCAAUACUUACAUUUCUGUUCCCAAGGAGAACAGUACACUCAACUGUGCUUCUUUCACAGCUGGCAUUGUGGAGGCCAUGCUGACCUGCAGUGGCUUCCCUGCCAAGGUCACAGCCCACUGGCACAAGGGAACCACCCUCAUGAUCAAAUUUGAUGAAUCAGUAAUAGCACGUGACAAAACCCUGGAUGGCCGCUGACUACAAUUUGUUUGAAUUAAUCUGAAUCUUGUAUAUGCGUAUUUUGACAGCAUCCUGAAAUAACUACCCUGACCAUGCUUUGGCGGUAUGUGGUGAGGAAGAAAUGGUCCAGUCUGUAUUGAUGGUAAAUGUUUCUACAGCAUUUGUACUGAUUAUCUAGGACCACUUCUGCUUCCAGAAAUCUCCCUGAAUUCUGUUCCUUGAAUCUUAGCAGAGGAUUGAAGAGGGAAUGGAGUUUGUUUUCCUUGCCAAAAGAUAGCAUAGCCCUAAUUAGCAGAUGAUCUAUAUAAUUUGAUGUAAAGAUCUCUCUUAUGCUGUUGUCUUUUCAUUUCUUUGUCAUUGCCCUACUGAUGUUGCCACUAGAAAAUACUGAUUAAGGGUGUAUAUUGCUGGAAUAAGCCAAGACAUCUUUGCUGCUGUUACUGCUUCUUAGCUAGUCCCUAUUGAUUAUUACUGAAUAUUUUACUCUGCUUGCUGUCUUACCUGCAGGCAUGAGCUGGAGCUGGCUUAGCAUACUAGGUGAAACCCACAAAUUACAUGACUAGAUUCCUUUAGAAUGGCUGAGGCUUGCAAACAAGGGCAGGGAUAAAACAUAUCGGGGUGAAAGUUGUGUCUGUCUCCCUGAAUUACACUCUUCACUGCCCAUGCUGCUUCUGCUCUGGAGACAAACAGGCAGCAGAAAUCUAAAUUUAGUACUUGCCUUCACACCCUCAAAUACCAAAAAAAGUUAGAAACUUCUCUGAGAGUUGUUCCAAGAGCUGUUCAUACAGGGCUUUCCAUCAGUACCACUGGUCCUUCAUACAAUUGUUUCCUGUCAUACUUUUUGAAGCAGGGAAAGUGAUGCAUUCCUGACCUAAGAUUUCUCUCUUAUUUUUUUUAAAGGGUAAAAUAAGGUAACUAAAAUACAAAGAACAUACUGUUGAAAUAUGUUUAAUUGCAGGGCUCUUCUUUAAACCAACCGUUUAUGAAUCAUUCCAUGAAAUGAAGAUGCCAAUGGUCUUGGAGAAUUAUACCCAGUUAAUAAAUUCUGUAAAAUAA